UUCAGUGGCAGCUCAGAGACAAACUACUGAAGUGGCAGCUCAGAGACAAUCCACUGAAGUGGCAGCAGAGACGCAAACUACUGAAGACAACGUCAUUCAACUGACACAAGUGACAUCAGACUUCCCCAACCCCACUCACUCUCUCAUCACGUGUCAGGUAACAGCCAAUAAAAAUGUCAGAUCCAUCUCGUUCAUGGAAAUCUUCUGGCGAGAGAGACAAAUAGUUUACGCCAAUGCUACCGAAAAUGGUGGACUAGCAACCAAGGGACUCAAUUCCUUCGGAAGCAUCACAAAAGUCUCAGGAAAAGUAAGCCAGACUCAUCCCGAAGAAUCGCAGCUCGUGGUGGACAUUGCUGCUGAAAGCUGUGAGGACGCGGCUGCUGGAGACUUUGCUUGUGUCCUCACAUACUCACACUUCAACUCGUCAGACACCCAGCUUGCUCGUGCGGAACUGGUGGCAUCAAGUCCUUGUGACAAUACCAAGCUGGAAGUAGCGUUCGAUAACUACGUAAACCGACCACUCGGCUUUGUGGUGGGGUGUGAAAGCCAUCUACAGUCGUAUGAUACACUUCUGACUAUGGAACUAAGUCUUCUACCGGAUAAGCCAUUGCGGUCUUCAGGCCGGCGCCAAAUAGCUUACCUUGACAGUGCACAGCUACGCUAG